AAUGUUUUCGUUUCAUGGCGUUCAGUACGUUGCUAAUCCUACUCCAAUCAACACCACAUCGAUACCAAUGAACUACCAGACAGCCAAAAGGCAGCAAAAUUUUUGAAGAUUCGAAAAGCAACAUAUUUUCCUGAGUACAAAAAAUAUUUUUGAUUUGAUUAUCUAAGCGAUGAGAGUUUCAGUUUUUCUGAUAGUUCUCCAGGUUUGUUGGUGUUUACCCAUCGAAAAAACUGUAAAUCCACCACCCAAGAGUGCGGUGAAGGGGUCGCACGCUGAUUUUUCCCUGAUUAAAUACGUUUUGAAAAUUGCUCUCAUGGGGUUGGAUUUUAUGAAGCAAUAUGGAUAUCUGAAGGCAGACAAAACAACUUCAGCUGCUUUGUACACAGAAGAAGGACUCAGUGAAACUAUAAAAACGGUACAAAGAUUCGGGGCACUUAAAGAAACUGGAAAACUAGAUAAUGCUACUUUGAAGCUUAUGACAAGACCGAGAUGUGGAAAUGCUGAUGUUAUUCAGGGGAAAAGGUCGAAAAGAUUCGCAUUAACUAGUGGUUGGAACAAAAGGCACAUCACUUACUAUAUAGCCAAUUGGUCGUCCAGACUUGGAGAAGAGGCAGUAGCAAGACUCAUUGGAAAAGCUCUGAACACUUGGGGAACUUAUGGAAGUUUAAAAUUUUCCCGGAAAACAACUCCCGAUGCAGAUAUUAUUGUUUCUUUUGCGAGGGGAGCACACAAUGAUCCAUUUCCCUUCGAUGGGCCUGGUUAUGUUCUUGCUCACGCAUAUUUCCCUAACUCUGGCUCAGAAAUAAGUGGAGACAUACAUUUUGAUGAUGAGGAAAACUGGGUCCAAGGAAGCCAACAAGAAGUAUUGGAUGGAGGAACUGACUUCUACUCGGUAGCUUUACACGAGUUAGGACACUCCCUUGGAUUGGCGCAUUCCAACGAUCCCAGAUCUGUGAUGUUUGCAUAUUAUAAAGGAGACGAUGAAAGCUCAGUUCAACUUGGACAGGACGAUAUUUUAGCAAUGUACCAAUUAUACAUCGCGAGACCAGUUCAAGAAACCACGGAACCCACCACUACCAGAAGGACAAGACCCUUUAACACAAGACCUCCUAAUGAACCAACUAGGACUGGACCUUCGGAAGAAUCGACAAGAAUCACAAACAAGGAAUGGCCAACGCGAUCAUAUACGGAAAGUACCGUACCAACCAGAAGAACCAGACCCUUCAAUACAAGACCUCCCAAUGAAUCUCCACGGACAAGGCCUCCAGAACAGCCGACACGAACAACAAACAGAGAGUGGCCAACUCAUUCAUAUACGGAAACUAUUGAUAGACAGACUUGGGAGACUUCCAAAUCCACGAUUUACACUCGUAGACCCACUAAUACACCUGUAUACACAGAGAAAACCAGAGAAUACCCUUCAACUCAUUUUCCAUCUACCAGAACUAGAAGUACUUAUUAUCCAACAAGGGAAGAAACCAGAACCACUUUCGCAACUCCUUCAACUAUUUACCCGACGAUUAGAAGAAGGAACGAGGAGGGUACCACGAGUAGAACCACUUAUUCUAGAUGGUACACGACUGGUCUUCCAAGCAGUGGUGUGAGAACCACUACGUUGAAGUCAAACAACAGAUUUCCCUUGACGACAAGUACGAGAAUAACGACGAUAAGAGACAGAAAUCGACAUGGGGGUUCAGUAACAAUCAAUAGGAGGCCAUAUGCUCCCCCUACCAGGUACCCGACAGGGUCGCAAAGUACUACAUUGCCCCCUGAACCUAAUAUUUGUAAAGGAAGCUUUGAUUCUGUAGCAUACCUUAGAGGAGAAAUAUUUAUAUUUAAAGAUCAAUAUGUUUGGAGGCUGCAAGAUCGCAACAGGAUUGUCCCAGGAUAUCCUGUUACUUUGCAACAAAUGUUUUUCCACCUUCCUCAGACUAUAAAGAAAAUCGAUGCUGCUUAUCAGAGACCAGAUGGGGAUAUGAUACUUUUCGCAGGUGACUUGUACUGGGUAUAUGACGGUACUAACUUCGUUGAGAACAGUCCAAGAAACAUCCAGGAUUAUGGAGUUCCCUCGGGAAUAAGCGGGGUUGAUGCUGUACAGACAUGGGGCAGAAACGGUAAGACAUAUCUCUACAAAGGAGAUCGAUUUUGGAGGUUCAACGAGACCAGCAGAACCCCAGAUCCUGGAUAUCCCCAACAUAUCGAAAAAUGGGGAGGCAUACCGAAAAAUAUCGAUGCAGCAACCACAUGGAAAGACGGAAAGACAUACUUUUUCAAAGACGACCUGUAUUGGACUUUUGACAACUACUGGGGUGUGGCAACUAGUGAUUCUCCUCGAUCUUCCACCAAAGAAUGGUUAGGAUGCCCUUAGCGGACUUAACGAAGACUGAUCUGUUUAAAAUUUCAAACAACUGCUUGUUCCUUAUUUAUUUUCGAAAUAAACACUAUAAAUGUU